AUACUUGCAUUUUUCUGUAUGUUUUCAGUUCAAUCCUGCAGGUCAUUUUGUCAGCAGAGCCUCCUGGUGAUGUUUGGUGACUUGCAUGAUUGGUUGCCAGAUUGAGAUGGAGUAAGUUAUCAGAUUGAACCAGAGUCUUGACUGAGAGACAUCUCAUUCCAUUCCACCACGUCUCUCUCUCUCUCAGUUGUAGUUGUCAUUCCAUUCCACUACGUCUCUGGUCUCUCUCUCUCUCUCUCUCUCUCUCUCUCUCUCUCUCUCUCACACACACACACACACACACACACACACACAAACACAGUUGUUCUUGAUACAUCCUUGGAUUCUUGGCUUAGACCUCACACGAGACAUCUCAAUUCAUUCAGCAUAUCACUGUUCAUUCUCUCCACCUGCUGCGUUAUCUUCCUGAGGAGAGAUUGUCCCCAAAUGGAGAUGUUCCUUUCAGCAGUCCUGGCUGAGCUGACCACUAGAUCCAUAAAUUUCUUCAUCAGCAAAAGCUCCAAGCCGUCAGCGCUGGAUGUGGAGGAUCGCCUCCGCAGCGUCCUGCUCCGGGCACAGGUCAUCGUCGACGAGGCCAUGGGGCCGCACAUCACAAACCGAGCUAUGCUCCUCCAGGUGGACAUGCUGAGAGACGCCAUGCACCGGGGCCAUUACGUACUCGACACCUUCAGAUACCAACAUCACGAUAAAGAGGAGGCCAAAAAUCAGAUUGUGAGUCACUCUUCACUAUUGUCCAGAGUAAAUUCUGCCAAAGAUUUCUGUUUCUCCGCUGGAACAAGUACACAGAUUUUGGAACAACUGCAAAAGGCACUUGACGAUUUGAGAUCCAUGAUCCUUGAUCUGGAUGAGCUUGUCGUGUUCUUGACGAGCUACCCUCGCCUGUACCGCCAACCUUACAGCAUGCAUCUCCUACUGGGUAACUGCAUGUUUGGCCGUCAGAUGGAAGCAGAACUUGUCAUCAGCUUCCUGCUGCACACAGGACCUCAUGGUUCUGAAGAUCUAGGGGUCCUGCCAAUUGUCGGUCCUAGCAAAGUCGGCAAGAGCACCCUUGUUGCUCAUGUUUGUAAGGAUGAAAGAGUACGUGAUCAUUUUUCAGAGAUCGUGUUUUUGAGCGACUGUGAUUUCAGAGAUGAGAAGUUAGCCACUCUUAGAGAAGGAUGUGCGAAGAAAUAUCAAAAUUGCACAUUGAACAAAGAUGAGAGAAUGCUAGUUAUUCUUGAGGCAGCUGGAGACUUCAAUGAAGUUGAGUGGAAGAGACUGUGCUCUGCUUCUAGACGGUGCAUGCCAAGUGGUAGUAAAAUCAUAAUCACAAGUCGGUCUGACAAGAUCACAACCCUUGGAACAACACAGGCUCUAACUCUGAAGCAUCUAUCCCACGAGGCGUACUGGUAUUUCUUCAAGACACUUACAUUUGGAAGCAUGGAUCCCGAGAUGCACCCGAGGCUCACGCACCUGGCCAUGGAGAUAGUCAGGUUUUUGAACGGUUCUCUCAUUGGCGCAAACAUCAUGGCCUGUUUUCUGAGGGACAACUUUGACAUCCACUUUUGGCGCAAGGUUCUGGCCUUCUUGAGAGGGUUCGUCAAGGGGCAUGUCUCCAAAUUUGGUGAGCAUCCAAUUGAUGUUCUGAUCCAAAAUAAACCUGCACAUCUAGGGAGAAUGGUUAGAACUUCUGAAGAGAUCAUGGUUGUUCAUCAGUAUGAGCGCUCUUCACAAGAGGAGGUUCCCAAGAUAAUGUUACAUGAUGUGAUGUAUGGAGGCGUUAAACCUCAUGGGAAAUUUGAAGCCCUAGCAUGGAGGUCACAUGUACGCCCUACUAUAACUAUAUCUAUACUUGUGAGAUUCGAGAUCUAAAAGUUACAGCUGCUAAGAGAAAGCGUUCUUAGUUCGUUCAUUAUGAGGCAUAUAUAUAUGUACAUGUUUUUAUAAGGUGUGACAAGUCACAGCAUAGUCGAAAAUUAUGAUUGGAGGUCACAAGUUACAAUAUAGAAAACUUUACAAUUACCUUGCCAUAUGCAUAUUGUAAGUUUUUUCUUGACAGAAUAAUGGAUGAGGUUGAGACAUAGA